ACAUUUUAGCCAUUUUGACCGCCCGCCCUGCUAUUUUGGAGAGACAGCCCUGCCUGUCUUGAGUUCAUUCAGCCAUUAAGGACAGUUCUGAUGGAUAACGCUUUGUUUUUCGUCUGAGAGGCUGAAUCCAAGAGACACGCAGGAGGCAUCUAUGCUGGCACAGCGCCCACUGCAGUCUGCACACUGCACUCUGAAAAAUCACGCCUCACUGGCUUCACAUCUAAUUGGUUCCACUGAAGCUGCCGUGAAGAGCUCACCUGCUUUAAUUGGACUAUCGCGACAAGUCAGCCAAGGGACGUUGAUGGGACUGGUCGUGUACAUCCAAUUGUCAUAAGAAUAUUUGAGAAGCUUAAUUGGGCACAAGGUAAGGACUGCAGUAGUGAAGGAACCGAGGCACAGGCCGACGAGACUAGAGAGAGGGUGCAGCGGAGCGGAGGCAUCCCAGCCUGUGAAUGAUGCGGGACAGCGGGAUCUGAGUGUACAAACAGCAUGGACCUGCCACAACAGCCUGAAAUUCUGCAAAACUAACCUGAUGAAUUGGGUGAAUCUUGCUUCAGUUGUAAGCAACUAAUCUAACGGGAGAGCCGGACUUUUGCGCGUGGGUAAAAACUCUGAAACCGACCCUUUUCCUACGCCGUUGACUCCUGACAGCUCCACCAACCAUCUCCUGGCACGCUGAGACUAUCAGCAUUGAAGCUGCUUUUUUAUUGUGCGCUAGUGGUUUGUGCGCCUCUGCGUUUGGAGCCAUGGGCUGUACGGUGAGCGCCGAGGAUAAGGCAGCCGCGGAGAGGUCAAAGAUGAUCGACAAAAACCUCCGAGAGGACGGAGAGAAGGCGGCCAGAGAAGUGAAACUGCUCUUACUAGGUGCUGGAGAGUCAGGGAAGAGCACCAUUGUAAAGCAGAUGAAGAUCAUCCACGAAGAUGGCUACUCAGAAGAUGAGUGUAAGCAGUACCGAGCUGUGGUUUACAGCAACACCAUCCAGUCUAUAAUGGCUAUUGUUAAAGCCAUGGCCAGUCUGAAGAUAGACUACAGCAACACAGAAAGAGUGGACGAUGCCCAGCAGCUCUUUGCCCUGUCUGCAGCUGCAGAGGAGCAGGGCAUCUUUCCUGAAGACCUGGCCAACGUGAUGAGGCGGCUGUGGGCUGACAGCGGCAUACAGAGCUGCUUUGCACGGUCGCGAGAGUACCAGCUCAAUGACUCUGCAGCAUAUUAUCUGAAUGACCUGGAGAGGAUAGCUAAAGCCGAUUAUAUCCCCACCCAGCAGGAUGUGCUGCGAACUCGUGUCAAGACUACAGGCAUUGUGGAGACUCACUUCACCUUCAAGGAACUACACUUCAAGAUGUUUGAUGUUGGAGGCCAGCGCUCAGAGAGAAAGAAGUGGAUCCACUGCUUUGAAGGAGUCACAGCCAUUAUUUUCUGUGUUGCACUGAGUGCGUACGACCUGGUGCUGGCUGAGGAUGAGGAGAUGAACCGAAUGCAUGAGAGCAUGAAGUUGUUUGACUCCAUCUGUAACAACAAGUGGUUCACUGAAACCUCCAUCAUCCUCUUCCUCAACAAGAAGGAUCUAUUUGAGGAGAAGAUCACCAGCAGCCCUCUCACCAUCUGCUUCCCAGAAUACACAGGGGCAAACAAAUUUGAUGAAGCAGCGAGUUACAUUCAGACAAAGUUUGAGGACCUGAACAAGAAGAAGGACACAAAGGAGAUCUACACACACUUCACCUGUGCCACUGACACUAAGAACGUGCAGUUUGUGUUUGACGCUGUCACUGAUGUCAUUAUCAAGAACAACCUGAAAGACUGUGGUCUAUUCUAAAGGGCGACGCCUGAUGCACACAGACUGCAUGAGAGACUGCAACAGCCAUGUGAUGAUUACUGCUUUUCAUAAUGAAAACCAUAACAGACUUGAAUCCUGGAGGGGGGACCUUAAAGAACUUCAGCUAUCACUGAUUUGCAACCAUCACAUUCUCUGCCGAUUGUGUUCAUUUUAUUUCACAUGUUCUUACUGCAAUGAACAGGGCUUCACAUACUAUCCAUAAUGGGCACUUUUAGAUAGAUUUUUGACCAAGGACCCCCUUUAUUGGACAAGAACCUCUAACAAUCAAGGAGUAAAAAAGCUUUAAUAGCUACUUUACAAGCUUUGUAAUAUAUUAUCCAAUUGUUUCAGGUGGAGAGGAAAGGUUAGAAGGGUUGAGAUUGCCCAAAAAUAAGCCAUUGUCUCUUUAUGCCGCAUGAUAAAUGAAAAUUAAGCAGCAUUUAAGGACUUUUAUUCUUAAAUACAAAGACCAAUUGGAGAACAACUUAAUGUUUUAAUUUAUUUUUUUUUCAAAUCACAAUUUCAGUUUCUUAUUUUUUAUUUUGCUUACCAUUUCGAAAUCUGUUAAGAGGAUGCAGAAUGGAAAAAACUCUUUUGAUAAGAAUCACUGUCACUUAUGUUAACAAGAGUUGGCAUCCUCUGAACCUUUAGACUGCACAGAGCUUAUUUUUAGAAGAAAACAACCAUGCAUGGAGAAUACAACUGGAUGAAGGGAAAUGUUUUUUGUACAAUGUUUACACAGAAUCAAUAUCCACACCUGUACUAUAGUGCAUCGUCCUGCAUGACCACCCAUAGAUUAGCUCGCACCCCACAAACUGAACAACAUUCCUAAACUUCUGAAAAUAAAUGAAACAGAAACAGCUAUGUGUCACUUUGAAAAUAUCUACACGUUUUUUAAGUGGUUUUGUCCAUUCCUAACUUGGAUUGUUCUGUACUCUUUGUUUCAUUCUGAGUCUUUUUACAUAUGUUUGUGCCUUGAUAUCUGUUUACACUCGUUCUUUAGACUCAUACUAUCUGCAUAGUGUGACUUAGGGCUAUUUCUACUCCACCUCGGUUCACAUUACCCAUCAUUUCAGAAGAAGCACCAACCUCAGAGACAAAUGGUUGAGACUUGUUCAAUAUUAUAAAGAGAUAAAAGUCAUUCACUUGUUAUAUGUAAAUAAAAGUUUUCUCACCUUA